UAUGGUUAGAUGACAAGUGAAAAUACAAGGGAGGUUCUUGUGAAAUAAUAUGGAUAACGUUGUCCACUCAAUUUCGUAGUUAAAUUAUACACAACAUUACCAGAACAUCAAGAAAACCAUAGCCAUGGCUGCGCUUAGCAGCACAAGUAGCUUAUUCUUCCCAUCAAGACUCACUGUCCCCAACUUAUCUUUCCAAUCUAAUCUAAACCCACUUCGCCUUAACCAUCUUUCGACAACCCCAUCUUCUCCUUCUCCGCAAUCUUUAACUACCACUUCCAUUUCUCACAGUCCCAUCACCGCCCGUUACGGCGGCGGCGGCGGCAACUUCCCCCGGUCAAACUCCGGCGACUUUAGGCGUAAGGGUGGUUCUAAUGAUAAUGAUCCAGCCCUUAAUAUCUCUUCUAUUAGGUCUGAAAAUGUCAGGCUGAUUGAUGAGAAGCAAAAUAUGAUUGGAAUAGUGCCCAAGUAUGACGCUAUUCAAAGGGCUGAGGAUGCUGAACUUGACCUCGUAAUACUGUCUCCGGAAGCUGAUCCACCAGUCGUCAGAUUAAUGGAUUACAAUAAAUUUAAAUAUGAGCAGCAAAAGAAGAAAAGAGAUCAGCAAAAGAAAAGUGCUGCCCAUCGCAUGGAUUUGAAGGAACUAAAAAUGGGUUACAAUAUUGACGUGCAUGACUAUUCUGUGCGCUUGAAAGCUGCUUUGAAGUUUUUGAAGGCUGGCGAUAAGGUCAAAGUCGUAGUGCAGUUGAAGGGCCGUGAAAGUGACUUCAGGAAUAAAGCUAUAGAGCUUAUUCGACGUUUCCAGAGUGACAUUGGAGAGCUUGCAGUAGAGGAGAGCAAAAGCUUCAGAGAGAGAAGCAUGACUCUAGUAAUGGUUCCAAAUAAAGUUGUUCCCAUACAGAAACCUCCAGAAUCACCAAAGAAGAACGAGACAACAGCAACUGAAGUUUCAGCCCCUGUCUGAAUUCCACCCUUAUAUGCUGGUUUUAUUUUCUAAAGCAGGACAACCUUCAAGUUAUUCUUCUUACUAGAACAGAGAUUUCACAGUCUAGUAUAGGUUUUAGUGUAUAAUAUUGAUAUAUAGCUUCUGUUUAUCCUGAAUACAAUAGCAACCUUUUCUGGUACCCCUUGCAGCCAGCAAUGAAGCUACUGCUUCCUAAGUUUGUGAAUUUUCUGUUCUUUGUUGUAGUGGGUGCAUAAUGUGGAUCGUUCCAUUAAGAAGUGACUUUUACUGUCAUAGGAAAUCAGUGACAUAAUUCUUCGAA